CGGUUCAGUGGUUCUUUCUUUGCGCCUUUCCGCAAUUUUCACGUCAUUCCCAUCAGCGUGGCAUUUUACAUGAUCUAAACAUUUCAAUAACGCGAUAUUUAAUGAAACAAUAAUCAAAUGAGUGGUUUUCCGUUCUAUUAAAAUAUUUUUAUUGAAACCACAUAUGUUCAUGUGUGGUUUGUGCGUAUUAGAACGAGAUUCUUAGUUGAUUCGGUGAGUUGUACAGAGCAUCGCUUUCAUUAACGAAACGUUAGGAUUCACUUUGUGCUUCAUUUAUAUGUUGGAUUCAAUGGAAAGAUUCGUUCACGAACUAAAUCUCGUUAGGAUGAAGUUAAUAACAUUUUGUGGUCGGUCAGAAUUUAAACAAGACGAAAAGUUUGGUUAAAAGUGGUGUGGCUGCGGUCCGACAGCUGUGAGCUCCCCCUUCACACCCUACUUUCCCAAAUAGAAGGCUUCUCACGGAGAGUUCCCUGAAGCCACACAGCCAAAUUUGGCUCCCCAUUUCAAUCCCUUGGGCAGAGGCUGAAUCAACUAAAACAACACAAUCUAAUUCCAGUCGGUGUGGUGGCUUUUUACAGCUCAGAGACGCGCAGUUUCCCAGCUCCGUGCGUCUCUUGACUGUGUCAGAUCUAUAAAUGGAGAUUGCUCAGUGUACAGGCUUGUGUAUCAUAAACAACAUUUCUCCAAAUUAAAACGGACUCAUAGUCUAAUACCUACACGUGGAAUUUAUAGUAUUGCUCCAAAUCAGGGAUGGUUUUCUUGGCAAGCUUUAUCAGCAUUUAGCGUCUAUAUCUCGAUGCUGAGAAGGUUUAUGUUGAAGGCAACAAGUUUGGAGAUCGUUUUUUGGAGGAUACCGCACUUUGAAAACAGCUCUUUCAUUGUUUAAAAGGUUAAUCAUUCAUUCAGUUAUCUUUGACCACCAUGCAAAAAGUCCAUCAAGUGGACAGAUAAACUGUUGAACAGGUCACACAUGUUCUACUUUUUUUUUCUUCUAAGCUAUAUUAUUUAUUUAUUUUAAUUUUAGUGAACAUUACUUUAUUUUAUCCGUAGAUAAUUCUUAAUGAUGCGUUCUUAUACCGUACAUCAAACCAUUAAAUUAUGUAGGCCCACUAAAACCAUAAGUAAAAACUGUCAUGACAUCAUCCUUUCAGGAUAUGAAAUCUACAAGGACAACUCCACCUCUAUGGGAGUUUGUCACGAGUGGAAGAACUGAACCUCCUCCUAAUACCCUCUUCAAUUAAGCUGGAGGGAGGACGCAGAAAGGAGAGAAGGGGACAGAUAGACGGAGGCGCGGUACCAGAGCGCUUGGAAAAAUAAGGAGCAGACUGAUACGCUUCACUGAGGCAUGCGCUGUGCGUAAGGAAGCAUCUUCAGGAGAAUUCCGCUCAAGUGCCCUCUUUUGUUCUGAAAGAAGUUUAAUAAAGAAGUGGAUUGUGACAUAUCGAUUACCAUGGGCUGCAAAAGGCACCGUCCAAAGACUUCAGCGUCUUCACACAAGCCGAGCUGCUUUUCAAUGGGACUUUCACUGUUGAUUCUUCUACCUUUGUCUGUUGCCUUCAACUUGGAUGUGGAGAACCCAGCGGUGUAUACAGGACCAGACGGUAGCUACUUCGGGUACUCGGUGGACUUUUACAUGACUGACUCAAGUGUGAGUAUUAUAGUUGGAGCUCCCAAAGCCAACACCAGCCAGCCCAACAUCAGAGAAGGAGGGUCGGUCUUCUACUGUCCAUGGAGCCUCAGCCAAUCACAAUGCAGCAGCAUAGAGUUUGAUAUACAGGGAGAUCUGAACAUAACAGUGAAUGGCGCAGAACAUCAGGGAGAGUUCAAAUCCCAUCAGUGGUUUGGAGCAACAGUACGAGUGCAUGAAGAUAGUGUGCUGGCUUGUGCCCCCCUCUACUCCUGGAGAGCCAUGGAGGACACACCUCAUGCUGAUACUACUGGCUCAUGUUUUCUGUCUGUCAGAAACUUCACUAAGUUUGUGGAAUAUGCUCCGUGCCGUACAGAAUUCCGUGGAAGAAAAGGACAAGGCUACUGUCAAGGUGGAUUCAGUGCUGAUUUUACACAGGAAGGAAAGGUGGUGCUUGGAGGACCUGGCAGUUAUUUCUGGCAAGGACAAGUGAUCACUGCCGUUAAACAAGAAAUAGUCAAAGCCUAUUACCCAGGAUUCUUCUUGACCUCAGUGGAAGGCCAGAUGCAGACCAAACAGAAAAAAGAGAUCACAUUUGAUGACACCUACAUGGGUUACUCAAUAGCUGUCGGCAGAUUCAGUGGUGGUGAUGAUGAAGACUUUGUGACUGGAGUUCCCAGGGGAGUCAGACUGCAUGGACAGGUUUCAAUUCUCAAUGGUUCUCUGGUUAUGCUGAAGAACUUCACUGGUGAGCAGAUGGGUUCCUACUUUGGCUAUGCAGUGGCCGCUACUGACAUAAACAAUGAUGGUAUGACGGACCUGCUGGUUGGCGCACCAAUGUUCAUGGUUCGUGACUCUGAUGGGAGGUUGGAGGAGUUGGGUCGGGUCUAUGUGUACAUGCAGAACGGACCUCUGGAUCUCAGACCUCAGCUACCUCACCUCACCGGCACACAGAUGUUCGGCCGGUUUGGGAGCUCCAUUACCCCUCUUGGAGACCUCAACCAAGAUGGUUACAAUGACGUGGCCAUCAGUUGUCCAUUUGGUGGGGAGAACAAACAAGGACUGGUGCUCAUCUAUAACGGACAUGCUGGAGGACUCGGGGAAAAGCCCUCUCAGGUGAUCGCUGGCCAGUGGGCCUCUGCCACACCGUCAGCUCUACCUGCCAGCUUUGGUUACGCCCUUCGUGGAGGCAAAGACCUGGAUAAUAAUGGCUACCCGGAUCUUAUUGUUGGCGCAUUUGGUGCAAACACUGCCGUUCUUUAUAGGUCUCGUCCUAUUGUGAACACCAGUGCUAUUUUGACUGUCUAUCCAACUAUGAUUAAUCCUGAGGAGAAAGUUUGCACUAUAAACCGUGGGAACGAAACCCUGCAAGUGUCCUGUGUCAACCUGAGCUUUUGCCUCUCAGCCAAUGGGAAGCACCUACCAAAUCACCUCGAGUUUAACGUUGACGUUCAGCUGGACCGGCUGAAGCAGCAGCAGAAGGGGGCCGUACGGAGGGCUCUGUUUUUAGACACCCAGCUUCCCGCUCUGAAGAGGACUCUGACUGUGCCAAAUGGAGCCAGAGUCUGCAGUGACACCAAGAUCUUCUUGCGGGAUGAGAAGGACUUCAGGGAUAAGCUGUCGCCCAUCUUCGUCGCGCUCAACUUCAGCCUGAACCCUCAAGCUGCGGCUGACAGAUACAGCCUGCGGCCCAUCCUUAACUACCAGACAGCGGAGCUCAUUGAACAGAAAGCCCAGAUUUUAUUGGACUGCGGAGAGGACAACAUCUGCGUCCCUGACCUGAAAAUCUCUGUGCACGGGGACAGGAAGGAAGUGUACAUGGGCGAUGACAACUCUCUGACUCUGACUUUCAACGCAAAGAACGACGGAGGCGGGGCUUACGAAGCCGAGCUGUAUGUGGUCUUGCCACCAGAGGCCGACUACAGCGGAAUAGCCCGCAAUAACGAGAGCCUGACCCAACUGACCUGCAGUUAUGAGACGGAAAAUCAGACCCGUUACCUCAGCUGUGACCUGGGGAACCCCAUGAAAUCAGGCACUAGCUUAUGGGCCGGACUGAGAUUCACAGUACCACGUCUGAAGGACACACACAAAUUUGUGCAGUUUGACCUGCAGAUCCGUAGUAAGAAUGAGAAUAACUCCCAGAGUGAAGUCGUCUCCUACAAGCUGGAGGUGGUGGUCCAGUCAGAUGUUAUUCUACAGGGUGUCUCCCGACCAGACAAGGUCUUCUUUCCCCCACCGAACUGGAAGUUGACCAAAAAUGUGAAGGUUGAACAGAAUGUCGGACCCUCCGUCCGGCACACUUAUGAGUUGGUGAACAAUGGGCCGAGCCGCAUCAGUCACACUAUACUGCAGCUCAAAUGUCCCAUGAGGUUUCAAAGUAACAGGUUAAUUUACCCACUGAAUGUUACAACGGAGGGCCCUGUCAACUGCACCUCCCACAACAUAGUAAACCCCAUGAAACUCGAGUUCCAGCAGCCUUCUACCGAACAGCCUCCUUUACGGGACGCGGCACAUGAACACCACAUCGAGAAGAGAGAAACGCACAAGGGCGAGCUGUCUCAGCUGACCAAUCUGUCUUGCUCCAAUGUGGAUUGCUGGACUCUAACGUGUAACGUUGGCCUGCUGGAGCGCGGGACUAGUGCCAUACUGCAUGUUCGCUCGCGAAUCUGGGCAGAAACGUUCAUGGAGAAUCCUUAUAAAACCUUCAAUCUGGAGUGCCUUGCUAGUUACAAAGUGGAAAAGAUGCCAUAUGCCAUUUUGCCCAAAGUGACUCCUAGUGGUGCUAAAAAGAUGGUCACUCCUGUGGUCUGGAAUAAGCCAGACAGUACGUAUGCUGUUCCUCUGUGGAUCAUCAUUCUGGCUAUUCUGGCCGGACUUCUACUGCUUGCACUGCUGAUCUACGUCCUCUACAAGCUCGGCUUCUUCAAGAGAACUCCGUACGGCACGGCGAUGGAAAAAGCCCAGCUCAAACCUCAGCAGGGUGCAUCCGAGGCCUAAACUACACAAGAGAGCAUUCAGAAAACACGUCCCAGAGAAUGUUCUUAACCAGAGACCAUCCAAAGAGAGAGCUUACUUGCUGUUUAAAAAAAAAAAAUUUAUAAAAAAAAGACAAAGACUAGACUGCAGUAAAGGAAUACGGAGGAAAGAUCACUGGAUCUUCACUGUACUGCACUAGAUCAAGAGACCCUGAGGACUUAAAGCCAAAUGAAUGUUGACAUGGUUUAUUUUAUAUUAUUGUUAUUCCUUGAUGUGGGUUUCCAUUUUUAACCGCCACUUAUAGCCUACCACUCACAAACAGAGCUUAACCAAAACUCAGGAUCACUUGCCUCACCUGGCAACCUGCUAAAGGAGAGAAUGAGACUAAAUCUACGACGCAAUCUGCACUAAUACAUCAUUUCUGAUGUUUGAAUUCGUUUUUCUGGUUUUAGUCCGCAACUGUUCAUAUGUUUCAGAUGGUUAAACAACAUCUGCAGUGUAGCAUUUUAAAUUUUUAACGUUACACACACACAAACACGUUUGCACCAAAAAACUUCUUUGCAGUAUUUCACAACCAACCAAAGAUAUUGAUACAGGUUUUGCUCAUGAAUUUUGUUUGGAAAGUGAGAAUGAGGUAGUUUGACACCUCACCACGGACGCUCAUCUCCAGUUUUCUGCUGUCUUUUUUCUGUUUUUAACGUUUUUUUUUGUUUUGUGAUUUCUAUCGGAAUGGGUUUUCACUUCAAGUGAGAUGUUUUCAGCUCAGUCUCCUCUGUAUCUUCUGAAGAAAGCAAGCCAGGUUGGUUUCGCUCUCAGGUGAUGCCGCGGAAAGGAUCGAGUGACUCAUUUCCGCGGAAAACAUGGUCAGGAUCCUUCGUGGAAGGCAACCGUUCUUCCCUGCUGAAUAUCAGCCGUUUCCGUCCCCUUAUCGUAGUUGUAACAAGUGACAACGUUGCCUUAAGUCAUCUGGGACUCAACUGGAUCCGCACCGAGCCUGUGAAACCUCGCCGAUGCCUUGAAGCAGAGCUGUGCUUUGCCGUUACGCUAACAGACUCUUGGGCCAAAAAGUGGAAGGGGCGUCCCUCCAAACUUCUGUGGGUGAACGGAGAAUCACUGUGGAUUUGGAAGGAGAUUUGAAAACAAACCUCUUCCGAGGCAGCAGGCCUCAUCCAGGGACUGAAUGUUGAAAAACAUCUGUAUACUUUUUUUUGGUCUUUUUUUUUUUUUUUAUGCGUGUAUUUGUGAUCAUCUGCUUGUGUGCAUUUGGAUGCAAGAUUUUUUAAAUUUUUUUUAUGGAGAGCCACAGUGUAGAAAUGCCUCCGUACAUCAUGGUGCUGAAGUGGCCAAAUCAGACAGGAAGUAACUACAAUCACCCAUCGUGAAACUCCUGUUUCAGCGAGCCACCUAGAAAGGGAAAGCAGCUGGAACUGUGGGAUGCGUAGGAAAUCUGUAUGGAAGUGCAAUAUUGUUCUAUUUUUAAAACUUGUUUUGUCAUGUGCAUAUUAAUACUAUAUUUUAGAGAAGUUCUCAGAAAUAAGGAGCAUUUGAAGACAACACCCAGUUUGAGGGUUGAAUUAGCCCAGAUGUUCAGCUAAUUUAAAAGACGGUGUAAUGCGGUGGUCUAAAAAAAUACAGAAACGUGACUCGUCUGACAAAAAGGUCCAGCUUUUUAAUUCUAUAAAGUUUGGCUGUACUAUAAAAGUUCGGUUUUUAAUCACCAAUAAUCAUUUGUCACAUGUUAACAUGUAAUUUAAGACACAUUUUGUCUGUAAUGGUUUUACUAACCAAGCCGGUUGUUUGAAUUGGUACAAAGCCAAAUAACUGACACACAGACUCCACUUGAAUCCUUAGUAAUGUUUUGAAUCUCUUUUGUACAUUAUCAAAAAUUAUUUAUUCCUCCAAAAGUUAGAUUUUUGUAUUUUAAGCGGGAGGAAACACUGGGUAUGUCUUCAUUUUUUUUUUUUUUUAACUGCCCCAAAUCCCCGUUUGUGUUCUUGUUUUAAGUUGUACAUAUGUUUGGUGAGGAGAUUAUUUUAAUUUUCAGGAUUUGACGUAUUUCAUCGCCCCAUAUUGGGGAGAAUCAGAGGGAUGUUCAAGUAAUUAUUUGUAUUUACAGUUUGCAUUUCAAAAUAAAUCUUUCAGUUUUUUUUUUUUUUUUUU